CAGGAAAUCCGGUCAGACAAGUUUGCUGUUAAUUCGCUGGUAUCUUCUGGAACUAAGAGUGUCCGAAAAAUUGGAAGAAAUCGACGUGAAAUAUUGACAUACAAUUUUUACAGCAUAGAGAAUACAGAUUUUUGAUUUUUCUAAGAGAAUGGAUUCCUUUGAAUCAAAUAAAGAGUAUAAAGUGGUAGAUGAAAGAUACUUUCAAUGUCUGUUGGAAGCAAAGAAAAAGGGUUAUGUUUUGCAAAAGAAUCCAUCUAGUGCGCAGAAUCGAUGCUUCUAUGUGUGCAUCGCAGAGUCCAUAGGGAAACCGGUUGAUGAAGCAAUUUAUUUAAUCAAUCAAUAUAUGCUGGCAAAUCAGUUUGUUCCCAAAAAUUACAACGAUGAUGGUGAUGAAGAACCUGAACUCGAAGACCUGUUGUCGUAUCUAUCCGAUGCAGAUUAUCCGCAUUUACCUGCAGGGCGCCCCGAAACAUGGCCCGAAUGCAUCAUUGGUUUACAAAACCAAAUGGUUAACAAUGUGGUGAUCCGUUCAACCGCAUCUUGUUUCGGGAUUAACGUAAAAAUUAUUUAUUGGAAUGGGAGCCUCAUGGAAAUUGCACCGUUUGAUAGCAAAGCCGAAAUUUCUGUCUUUCUAGCCUACACCGGGAUACAUUACAUGCUUUUGAAACCCCACCAAUCCGAGUUAGGUGAUGUAUAUAAUGAUAAAGGUAAUAACCAAUGAACUUUAGUAUCU